AAGUAGAAUAAUAUUUGACGAAUUAUUAGCAUUAGAUAAUAAUCUUAUGGAUUGGGUUCAAUAUUAUAAACAACCCUAUAUUAUUGCAUCGCUCAAUCCAAAUAUCUCAAAAAUUCCACAUGACUUAUGGCACAUGGCACCAAAUAGUACAAAUUGUGCCGAAGCAGCGCAUGCUAUGAGACAAAAAAUAGACAUGCACAAUUUUAAAAGAAUUAAUAUAAAAGCCAAUUACAAUGUUAAUAUAAAUGGUCAAGAUAAAAGUGGUAUUGCACGAAAAAAAUUGGCUAUUAAACGAAGCACAAAACGGAAAUCUAAAGUUAAAUCAACAAAAAAUAAAAAACAACGAAUAUCUAAAGUAAUCGAUUUAACUGAUAAAACAUUACAAGAAUCUCAAAGCAAUAAUGAACUCAAAGAACCUGGUAUGACGAUGAUGGAAAAAUUAGAAUAUGAGGAGCGCAUGUUGGUGAUUGCAGAAUGUAAAGAAAAAUUAAGAGAAUUACAAAUUUCUAAUGCUAUUAAAGAGCACGAAUAUG